GUUGUCAGUAAAUGUUGUGGUUGUUGUUUUUUUAUAUACACGUCGUCGGAAGUCCUCAAUUUUUAUUGAUAAAUAUGUUUAGAAAAAUAUUAUAUUUAUAUUAAAGAUUCCCAAGAAAACAAUUACUAUAUUUUAUCAUUUGACGAUCAGCGUGCGGUUAUCGGUAGUAGUUAACUUAUUAAUUUUCCGUUUGUUUGAAAUGGGCAGCGGUCUGUGCAGAAAUACAGGCAAAAGACCGAGGGCUGUACAGGAGUUUGAUGGAUUAUAUCGAAAGAUUGUUUUCAAUUAUGCCAAACAGUGGACGCAAUAUUCAGACAAACGUAAGAAGAAUGAAAAAACUAAUACAAAAAAAAAUAAGAAAAGGAGGAAGAAACCGAUUAUCAGCGGACCGUUUCCAGCAGAUCCGGACCGGCUGCAAGGCGACAAGUGGCAGUAUGUGAUACUGACGCGAUUGGACACAGAACCACCGCCCAAACGACCACCGCGGACCAAACGGCGUCACCGGCAAGAUAAUAUGGCGAGCAGUGGCGUCUGCAGUAGUAUCGUCCGUUGGGGAUCUGAGAGGCGGCAGUCAUUCGGUCGCAAACGACAACAAAAGCAGCAGUUGUUCGCCGACGAGUCAACGGAAUCGAUGUCAUCCCGACGAGAAGUUGUCGAUGGCGGCGGAACGGGUGAAAGUACGGCGGCGCCGGUGACGGCUGCUGUGAACAAAAAACCAUUGCCGGCUUUCGACGUGUCCCUCAGUAAGUCAUCACUAUGGGUCGUUUUGUGGUCGGGCGCCCUCAUCGCCGGCCGAACGUACGUAGCCCGACGAAACGGUUUACUAAAGUCCGUCGCACGAGCUAGUGCGAUGGCCGACAAUUUGUCGUCGUAACGUUAAUAGGUAAUAUCGUCGGAAAUUAUAGUACAACCAAGUGUUUUAAAAUAAUAUUUUUAAACUAAUAAUAAUAAUAAUAAUACUAUUAAUGUUUCUUCACCAAUUACAUACGUCAUGUAUAAUUACAAUUAUAAUUACAAUAAUGUAAUCUGCGGAGUAUUUAUUUAAUUGAUUUUUCAAAAUUUCAAUGCGGAAAAUCUUAUUUUAUUUUAUUUAUUAUCACAAUAUUGUCUUUAUUGACAAAUCGUGAAACCUAGUACCAAAAUCAAUAGUGAUUGUCCAAAAGUCGUUAGUUAUUCUAUUCAGAUUGCUAACUAUAACAUUUAUGUUGCAUAUUAAAUCAGCAUUUGAAAAUACGUCCUAUGUUAAUUUGAUUGUUGGUAGAUAAUCAGAUCUAACCACUGGAGAUGCUGAGAGCGCUACAUUACUGAUAGUAGCUAGGUAUACAUGGUAAAAAUAAAUAAAUGCAUUGCGCCUAUAUACCUACUUAUCUCAUUAUAUUUUGUUUUCAAAACUCAAACUAGCUCUGACAUUCGAAAAAAAUAUCUAAUAUAAUAUAUUAUGAAUUACAACGAUAAUAAAAGGAAAACCGUAUAACUCUCCUGUCACAUUAUAAAAUCUCAUCUUGCCUAACGUGCCGAUUUUAUAUCAUCCAAAUAUACGUCGAAGGAGACAUCUUACUAUCGAGUUCAAUUUAAGUGCACACUCGACGCAUUUGAACGCCAUAAAAACUGAACGCAAAACAGUUCAACGAUUUAUCCGGUAAUAACAUAGCGAAAGAAAAAUAUAUAUAAAUAAAGUGGUAAUGUAAUGCCGAAAAUCCUUCUAGCGCAGUGUUUAUGACUUCCGCGGCUCGACGAAUGAUACUUCCGGUGUGUUAAAGCCAAGUUGCCUUGUCAUCAUUUUAGAAACAGGUCGUUCGAUUUGAGUGGAAAAGCAAGGGAAGAGGGUGAAAAUAAAUAUAUUUAAAGGUUUGACGCUAUGUAAUGGCUCUAUUCGAUAUGCGUAUAUAGUAUAUACUAUAUAUUAUAAAGAAAUAACUUAUAAUAUAUUAUAUAGAUCGUAUAUUUUUGUUUCUCAAUUUUAUUCACCAUUCUACAUACCCCGUUAUUAUAACGACAUCGAUAAAAAAUGGGUCCGCACAAUAAUAAUUAAUAAGUAUACGUAUAUAUAGUUUUGGAGAAUUUCUAUGAAUAUUUCUCACAAAUAAUUUUUUUAAUAGGUACAUUAAAAAUGUUUUUUUAUGGACAAUUUCAUAGAACCCUCUAUAAGUCUUCAUAAUAAUGUCCAUAUUAUAUAGUUAAAACUUUAGAAUAUUUAUUUUAUGGACAUUUUAAUUUCUUGUUUUUAUUGUAUUGAAUAAAAAUAAAUUAUUUUAUUCACUCAAUAUAUUUGCAAUGAAAUUGCAUUUUUUAUACGUGUUUUGUUUGUAAUUUGUAAACUAUACCUUUGGAAAUUUUUAUUAGGUAUAAGAUUUAAUGGUUUUAACUGGCGAGUGUCUUAUAAAGCACAAAGAUAUUUUAACAGAAAUGAUAAAAAUCAAAAAUUAUUUUAAAAUUCAAUUUUGAUUUAAUUUUGUUUAAUAAAUAACUAACGAUUUGUAUUAUAUGUCUAAGUCUAUGAUAAAAAGUAAUUUUUAAACUCAAAUAGUAUACUU